CCCUACUCGGCUACUCUGAAAGAUCUCACAUUCUCACCCUAUGUCCCAAACCAAUUUGAGCAUCUUAACCGCGGUCCUGUGAACGAGUGUGGAGCUUCCUAGCUUUCCCUAUCGCCAUCUCCGUCAUUCAUCUUCACCCGAAAAUAUAACCAGAAGCCUACUGGCUACCUGCAGGCUGCAGCGAGGCACCACGAUCCAACAUCACCGCCGGAUUCAUAUCCGCCUACUUCUUCCGAACAUCUACACCGAGCUCUUAUUCCGUGUGGGAUGCAUUCUCCGCAUCUUUGGCGUGUCCCUGCUUCGUUGUAAUCUCCAGUUGCUCGAGGAGUGCUCGUUUUUCAUCUUACCGCUGCAACUCAUAUGAACAUUUUGGUUCACCAUCCGGUGUGGGUAUGACCUGUCCAAGUACCGAAGACAGGGCAAAUCGUUUGCUGCCUUGUGAAGUUGGUGAUACUUCACACGAAGAUAAAGGUUGCCCUACGCAUCCUUUACCUUCACAGGUCACUGGAUGGAUGUAUGUUAAUCAACAAGGUCAAAUGUGUGGUCCAUACAUACAUGAACAGUUAUAUGAGGGGUUGUCCACGGGUUUCUUGCCCGAUGAACUUCCUGUAUAUCCUAUCUUUAAUGGGGCACUUGCUAGUCCAGUGCCCUUGAAGUACUUUAGUCAGUUUCCAGAUCAUGUUGCCACGGGCUUUGCAUAUUUAAACACAGCAGUAUCUGGUUCAAGUGGUCAUAACUCUCAAUCGAAGUCAGCUCAUUUUGAAAAACUUAUUUCAAAUCAUCAUAUGCUCACUGCUGAUUCUGUCACCCUUACAGCUCCACCACACUUGUACAUGCAUGGUGGAGAAUCUUGUUGGCUCUUUGAUGAUGAAGAUGGGAGGAAACAUGGACCACAUUCACUCGUAGAUCUGUAUACAUGGUGUCACUAUGGAUAUAUUAGGGAUUCAAUAAUGGUGUAUCGUUCUGACAAAACAUUCCAGCCUUGUACUUUACAAUCAUUACUAAGCACUUGGGUAGCAACGGUACCUGGAGAUGCAUCUUUGUCAACUGCCGUUUUGCAGGAGGAUGUCUCUCUACAAGGCUUUGUUACUCAAAUAGCUGAAGAACUAUGUUCGCAGCUUCACUCAGGGAUCAUGAAAUCUGCUCGUAGAACUGUGCUCGAGGAAAUCAUUAGACAAAUAAUUUCAGUGCAUGUCGCAACUGAAGAAGACAAGCAAGUUAGGAGUGAAAAUCUUGACAAAUGUGUUAACUCAUAUUCUGAGGAUAGCACAAUGGGUAAGGAUGAGAAAGGUAUUGCCUGUGAGAAUAGACCAGAAACGUCUGAUACUGAUCAUCAGAAACCUUGUGUGGCUGAGGUUGCUUUAAUGUCCCGGCAAUGCACAAAAUCUGUUGGAGAUUAUCAGAAUUUUUGUGCUGCCUAUACAGUUGUUUGCAGAAUACUUUAUGAGGCAUGCAUGCAAGUCAUAUGGAAUGCUGUCUUUUAUGAUCUCACAGCAGAUUAUUCGUCUGUAUGGAUGAAAAGAAAGCGCUCAUCAGAUCUCCAGGCAUUGGUGGAAUCAAGUACUUUUUUGGAGUCUUCACUUGUACACUACCCAAAGUUACAUACUGAAGCUUUAAAAAAGGACCACUCGUCAGAUUGUAGAAUUGAUUACCCUCCAGGUUUUGAGCAGUUACAGCAAGGCAACUCAUCUGGUUGUGAAAUCGAUUACCCCCCAGGUUAUGAGCAGGUGAUGGAGAUACAUGAUGUAUGUUUAAUUUUACCAACAAAGUGUUUGCAUACUGCUGAUGAAGAAGUGUCAUGUAGAGGCAACAUGUUACUAGACCACACAAAAAUUGAUGACAUAGGAUCUAUCCAUGAUAGUGUAUUGAAUGAUCUGCACAUGUCUGCCAAGAUCUCAUUGGAAAAUCAUUUCAUGGAUCUCAUUUACAAGGAAGCGGUUAAAAAUGCUGAUGGCCCCUCAAAGGAUGUCCAGCAUAAUAAGGUUGUGGAGAACUCUAAAUUGCAUGAUGAUGAUCACCCUUCAAGUCAAAAUGGUUCUGACGUGAUUUUUAACUCAAAGAAAUUGCUUUCUGGUGGUUUUGAGAUUUGUGAUCCAUUAGCUGGAUCAUUGAAUGAUAACACUGUUACUAGAAAUGAGCCUUCUAUCUCAGAUGUAUUAUUAAGUUCAUUUCAGAAUUUUUUUGUCCACUUAGGUGAUGAAGUUGUUGAUGAGCUGCAACCACCCGAAUCUAGAAUAUUAUAUCCUGUACAAACUUCAAGACUAUCAAUCUUUAGGUAUCAUGAUUCUGUUUCAAAGAUCAUGUGGCAUAGUGUCCUGACAAUUUGUAGGCAAAAGAUACAUGAGAAUGUGCUGAGAGAUGUGGGGCUCUUUGUUGACAAAAUAAUUAAAAAAAUUCUCAAGGCUAUGCAUUCUUCAAAAAAACCAGAAGACUGUCAGGUUUCAAUUAUCAAGAUAGACCAACCGAAACAUGAUAAACUUGCGACAGUUAGAAAUCAAGUGGAGAUCAAAUCUGAGACAUCUUUGACUACAGGGAGAUGUAUUUAUCACCGUAAGAAAAGACCUGAUAAGAGAAAAUUGGAUUCUUUAUCUCAGUAUUUGACCAGCAGGGUUGAUGCACCUAAAAAGAAAUGUAUUGAUAAAUCAAAGAGGCGGUAUCCUUUGGGUGGGGUAUCCGAGAAUGCUACGCUUGGAAUACCUGUUAUGAACUCCAAAGAAACUCAACCCAAAUCCUGCAAUGAAUCACUUGAAACCUGCUCAUCAUUUCAUGUAAAUUCUAAUAAGAAAUCAGUGAAGGUUAAUGCGGUCACCAAAGGGUGUGAAAAUUAUGCAAACAGCAUUGAACAAAAAGCCUCUGUACUUGCUGAAAACACUUUCAGUGCUGAUAUUACUCAUAAUUUGAAUCUGGAUUUCCAAAAACAAGAAGUGCAAAUUGUAUCAGAAGCAAUGCCAAGAUCAACCAAGUUAGCAAAACCAGGGUUAGAACAACUAAAAGAUGAUGUGAAGUUGGAGAAAAUUCAGCUUGAUGCAGUUUCUUCGUCCAAUCAAGCAACAAAGAAUGAGGUUAUUGUACAAACAGGAAGUGGUAAAUCCAGGAAAAGGAAACGGUGCCCUCAAUCAGAUGGAUGUGCUCGCACGUCCAUUAAUGGGUGGGAAUGGCGUAAGUGGUCUUUGAGUGCGACUCCUGCUCAAAGGAUUCAGGUCAGGGGGAGUUGCUGUGUCGUUCUUCCUGUCAUUCAUGAUGGAAACAGUUCUCAAUCCUUAAAUGCCAAAGGAAUUUCUGCCAGAACUCACCGGGUCAAGAUGCGUAACCUUCUUGCUGCUGCAGAGGGAGCUGAUCUUCUAAAAGCAACUCAACUAAAGGCAAGGAAAAAACGUUUGUGUUUUCAGCGUAGUAAGAUACAUGACUGGGGUCUUGUAGCCUUAGAGCCAAUCGAGGCUGAGGACUUCGUUAUUGAAUAUGUUGGAGAACUUAUUCGACCCUGUGUAUCUGAUAUAAGGGAACGUAAUUAUGAGAAGACAGGGAUUGGUAGCAGUUACCUCUUUAGACUGGAUGAUGGUUAUGUGGUGGAUGCAACAAAGCGUGGGGGUGUUGCUAGGUUCAUCAAUCAUUCUUGUGAGCCUAAUUGCUACACAAAGGUCAUAAGCGUUGAGGGUCAGAAAAAGAUUUUUAUAUAUGCCAAGAGGCAUAUUGCUGCCGGCGAUGAAAUCACAUAUAAUUACAAAUUCCCUUUGGAGGAGAAAAAGAUCCCUUGCAACUGUGGUUCUAAGAGGUGUCGUGGCUCAAUGAACUAAGCCUUUUGUUGUGGGGGAUAAGUACCUGUUGACUAUGCAAAUGCUUGUAGAUAUCUCAGUGGCAGAUGAGUUCCCUCUUAAGAACUUAAAGUCGGUUGUCCUUUUUGUUAUGAUUUUCCCUCAGUUUUAGGCUUUUUUCUCAUUAAAGCUACAUUCUUUUGCCAUUCUAUGUAUGCCAUAUUCUAUUUAGAUAUGGAUAUGUUGUUAACUCCGGAAAUCACAAUGAAUCAUGUCCCUUUGUUUGCUGAUAUAUUAUAUGAAGUAUUGUAUGUUUAAUAGUCUCUGUAACAAUUCUAUAUUCCCUCUGUCCGCAUUUAGUUGUACACUUUCUAAAAGUUCCCAUUUGUUAGAAGUUGGUUUAAAAUGUCAUGUAAGUUUGUCACUCAAUAAUAUCAACAAUGUUCAUAUUCUAUUUCUAGGAUAUUUUAGCCAAUUCAGCAUAAUUUCUUAUUGAACGUGGAAAGUGGACAAUUAAUUCCGGAGGUAGUUUUUCUUUGAUUCUUUAAAGUAUUAAAUAAGUAUAGUAACUAUAGCAAACUGAUUAGGCAUCCGAUUCUUGCCUUCCUACAUUGAGACGAGUGGAGCCAUAGAGUUGAAGGUAUUAAU